ACUGGGUAAGUUUUUUACAAAGAAAUCUAUUAGUGAUUGAAGCUCAGGCCCAUCAUGUCGUCCAAUCAGGUACAGAUUGUCGAGGGCAUGUCGCUCGUUCAAAUCAAGAAAGGAUUGAAAUCUAAGGAUGAGGAUGAACGUAAUAGAUCGGCAAAUGAAUUAAGAAGUUAUCUUCAAUCAAUAGCUAGAGAUUUACCACCAGAACAAUUUGAUAAAUAUAAUAGUAGUAUCAAGCUUACAAUUCGGGAGCUUUUAGCAAGUAAUGAAAGUUCCGAGGUCUUGGGUGGUAUAGCUGCGGUAAACAAAUUGAUUGACCUCGAUGUUGGUAUUGAAGAUAAUAUUAAAACAGUUAGAUUUACCAAUUAUUUAUCUCAUUUGAUUGUUUCCAAUGACUUAACCAUUAUGAAAUACGCAAUCAACACUCUAGGUCAAUUGGCGGCACCGGGUGGUACAUCCCCGGGUGAAUUUGUUGAUGAACAAGCUAAAAAGGCUAAUGAAUGGCUUCAAAGUGAUGGUAAACAACAUGACAAUAGAAGACAUGCAGCCAUAUUGGUCAUCACUGCUUUGGCAAAUAAUGCCCCUUCCCUAUUAUAUCCUUAUGUGCAUCAGUUUCUUGAAUAUAUGUGGAUACCUUUACGAGAUAGUAAAUUAGUUAUGAGAAUUGAUGCAGCCGAAACUUUCCAUAAAUGUAUGGAUUUAAUUUAUCAUAGAAAUACUAACUCUAGUAGAUUUUGGAUUAAAAACUUUUUAGAUACUGCAUCCAGAACUCUUAGUGAUACCCCAAACAGUUUCAAACCAGAAUCAUCAACUUCCACCAAUGCAAAUUCCCUGAGUACCUAUAACUUAAUUGCAUCCGCAAACAAUCAAUCUAAUGAAUCGAUUCAUAGUUCGCUCUUGGUAUAUAGAGAACUUAUCAAGUAUCAUAAAGACGCAUAUAUUGUAUCCAAUUUUGAGUUAAUUUAUGAAAAUACUAUAAGGUACAAAAAUCACAAGCUCGCAAUCAUUAGACAAGAACUCACCAACAUCUUCCCAUUGCUUUGUAAAGUUAAUCCGGAACUUUUCGUUGAAAAAUAUUUACAUCGUACGUUAUACUAUUAUCUUUCUCAAUUGAAAAAAUAUAAAAAUCAGCAUAAUGAAGCUGCAAAUGCUGAAAAAAGUGCCAUAUUUAAAAGUAUUGGAUUGAUUUCACUCGAAGUUGGUAAUCAAAUGGCUACAUAUCUUGAUGCAAUUUUAGACAAUAUCAGAGAAGGAUUAUCCUAUUCUUCUAAUCCAAGUGUUCAACUGAUUCUUGUUAAUGCCGUAUCUAGUAAUGGAUCUUCGGCUGCGGCCGUAUCAAAUGGUGAAAGCUCCAAUUCAGCUAAUAGUCUAAAUGCAAUUUCAGCUUCAGCAUCUGGUUCUUCCAAGCACAAGGCAAGCAGAAAAGUCACAGAACCCGCCAUUUUCGACUGUAUCGGUAAAUUAUCCAUAGCAGUUGGCCCUGCAUUGACAAAGCAUUUACAACGAGACAUAUUAGAUAUGAUGUUUAGUAACUGCUCAUUGUCGACUCAUAUGAAAGAUGUGUUACAAACUCUUAUAGAAAACAUUCCAACUUUAACUGACAUUGUAAAUAUGAAACUUUUGAAUUUGUUGAGUUUGGUUCUUUCAGGUAAAAUCUUUCAACCACCCGGAUCUCCUUAUGGUACAAUAAAAAUAAACACCUCUUUGGCGAAGGAUUAUCGUUUGAUGAUGAUAUCAAGAGAUACUGGAUUGAGUAUUAAUAAUAUUUUGAAUAACCCAGAAUUAUACGAAACUUAUGAUAGUGCUAUCUUGACUCAAGCUUUGGAAAUGCUUCCUGCAUUCAAAUUCGAAAAUUAUCAACUUAAUGAGUUUGUUAGAUACUGUACCUUAACCUACUUAGAACACCGAAAUUAUAAAGUUCGUUUAUCAGCUACAAAAACUUCUUGCAAUGUUUUCAUAGAAGAUCCCAUUUGUCAUCAAACUAGUGUCAAUGCAUUGAAUGCAGUGAAUGAAGUCUUAGAUAAGUUACUUUCAAUCUCCAUUACUGAUCCAAUCCCCGAUAUCAGAUUAGAAGGCUUGAAAUGCUUGAAUAAUGGAAACUUUGAUAAUCAAUUAUCUCAAGCCGAUAACGUGAAAUUACUUUUCAUCGCUUUAAAUGAUGAAAUAUUCAGUGUUAGACGAGUUGCAAUUGCAAUACUAGGUCGCUUAUCGUCUAUAAACCCUGCAUACAUUGUUCCUUCUUUGAGAAAAACUUUGAUUCAAUUAUUAUCAAAAUUAGAAUAUGCAAACACUAGUCGCAAAAAGGAAGAAAGUGCAACUUUGUUAUCAUUAUUGAUUUCUAACUCAAAAGAGCUUGCGCGCCCUUACGUCAAACCAAUAGUUGAAGUAUUAUUACUGAAAGCAAAAGAUAAGAGCUUUCUUGUUGCAACUAGUGCUAUUAAAUGUCUUGGUGAACUUGCUGUCGUAGGGGGUGAAGAUUUGAAACCAUUCAUCCCAGACUUAAUGCCACUAAUAUUAGAAACUUUCCAGGAUCAAAGUUCUUCUUUCAAAAGGGAUUCAGCUUUGAAAGCAUUAGGGCAAAUAGCAAGCUCUUCAAGUUAUGUCAUUCAACCACUUUUGGAUUAUCCACAAUUGUUAGGUAUGCUUGUGAGUAUUUUGAAACUGGAAACCUCUCCAUCAAUCAGAAGAGAAACAGUGAGAUUACUUGGUAUUCUUGGUGCAUUAGAUCCUUAUAAACAUCGUGAAGUUGAACAAAAUUCCAAAAGUAUACCAGUUGAACAAAAUGCCCCACCAGUAGAUGUUGCCUUGUUGAUGCAGGGUAUGUCGCCAUCGAUUGACGAAUAUUAUCCAACAGUUGCAAUCAACAACUUAAUGAGAGUUUUAAAAGAUCCUUCCUUAAGUACACACCAUAGUAAGGUUAUUCAAGCCAUCAUGUACAUAUUUCAAACAUUGGGCUUAACCUGUGUCUCCUUCUUGCCUCAAAUAAUCCCGGGAAUUAUUAAUGUCAUGCACACCUGUCAACCAUCUAUGUUGAACUAUUACUUUCAACAGUUUGGACAUUUGAUUUUAAUUGUCAAACAGCAUAUUAGACCAUUCUUACCAGAGAUUUUUAAAGUGAUUGAAGAAUUUUUCAGUGUUAAUAGCCAACUUAACACCCAAAAUAUUAUUAUUGAUUUGAUCCAAUCGAUAUCUAAAGCUUUAGAAGGAGAAUUCAAAAUGUACUUACCAGAUGUUUUGCCUUUGUUGUUAAACGUAUUCGAAGAAGAUAAAUCUGAAGACAAAGACGCUAGCUCUAAUGUUUUAGAAAGUUUUGUUAUCUUUGGCAGUAACAUCGAGGACUAUGUUCAUAUAAUCAUCCCAAAUAUUUGUAAGUUGUUUGAAACUGGUCCUUUAGAUUUGAGGAUAGAUGCACUUGAAACUAUCGGUCAAAUCUCAGAUAAAGUACCACUAAAUGAUAUGGCAUCAAGGAUUAUUCACCCAAUUUUACGUGUGUUGCGUGAAGAUCAUGAUUCAUUAAAGCUGGCUGCAAUGAAUACCUUAAGUUGCCUUGUUUUACAACUUGGCUCCGAGUUUAGUGUUUUCAUUCCUGUAUUGAAGAAGACAUUACUUCAACAGAAGAUCCAUUCCUCAACCUUUGAACAAUUAGUGAACAAGCUCUUAAGUGGAGAUCCUUUACCUGACCACCUUGAUAUUUACAAAGAAAAGAAGGAUAAGAAAUUGAGUCAUUUCGACAGACCAGAUGUGUCCAGGAAGCUCCCAGUAAAUCAAGAUGUAUUGAAAUUGGCUUGGAACUGUAGUCAAACUCGCACAAAGGAGGAUUGGCAAGAAUGGAUAAGCAGAUUAAGUCUUGAACUUAUAAAAGAAAGUCCUUCGCAUGCCAUCAGAGCUUGUUUAGGUUUGGCUAUAGACUAUCAUCCAAUAGCAAAAGAUUUGUUCAAUGCCAGUUUUGCAAGUUGUUGGAGUGAGCUAUAUUCACAGAAUCAAGAGGAAUUAGUUGAAUCAUUUUGUUACGCAUUAUAUUCAGCUGCAAACCCUCCAGAGAUUCACCAAAUUCUUUUGAACUUAGCAGAGUUCAUGGAGCAUGAUGACAAACCAUUACCAAUUUCAAUUACAAGAUUGGGUCAAUUUGCUCAACGUUGUCAUGCUUAUGCAAAAGCUUUACAUUAUAAAGAGCUUGAGUUUUAUGAAGAGCCAACAACUCCUACCAUUGAGGCCUUAAUCAGUAUCAAUAACCAGCUUCAGCAAUCAGAUGCCGCUGUGGGUAUUUUGAAGCAUGCACAACUACAUCAUGAUCUUCAAUUGAAAGAGACAUGGCAUGAAAAAUUACAGAAGUGGGAUGAUGCAUUACGUGCUUACAAUGAAAGAGAAAAGACCGAACCUGACAACAUGGAAGUUGUAAUGGGUAAAAUGAGAAGUUUGCAUGCUUUAGGUGAAUGGGAGCAAUUAUCUGAACUUGCUCAGAAGAAGUGGACCAACUCCACAAGUGAUACCAAGAGAAGUGUGGCACCUUUGGCAGCAGCAGCUGCUUGGGGCUUGGGUCAAUGGGAUAGAAUGGAUGCAUGUAUCAGAGUUAUGAAACCCGAGUCACCAGAUAAAGCAUUUUUCAAUGCUGUCCUUAGUUUGCACAGAAAUAAUUUUGAAGAUGCUUCGAACAAUAUUUUGAAGGCAAGAGAUCUUUUGGUAACUGAAAUCACCGCUUUAGUGAGUGAAAGUUACAAUAGAGCAUAUGGGGUUGUUGUUAGAGUUCAAAUGCUUGCCGAGUUGGAAGAAAUCAUCAAAUAUAAAUGUUUGCCUCAAGGUUCGGAAAAAAGAGCGCUUAUGAGAAAAACCUGGAAUACUAGAUUACUUGGCUGUCAAAGGAAUGUUGAUAUAUGGCAAAGAAUGUUGAAAGUCAGGGCGCUUGUUAUUAAACCUAAACAAGAUAUGGAAAUGUGGAUCAAGUUUGCUAAUUUAUGUCGUAAAUCUGGUAGAUUAAACUUAGCAGAGAAAUCAUUGAACUUUUUAUUAGAAGAAGGUUCCCCAGAGAACCCAUCUAGGGCUCCUCCACAAGUUGUUUACGCUCAAUUGAAAUACAUGUGGUCUAAAGGUCAACAAAAGGAAGCUUUGCGUCAUUUAGUUGAUUUCACCACCAGGAUGUCGCAAGACUUGGGAUUAAACCCUAAUGAUUUGAUAACUCAACCCUUACCAUCAGAGGGUCCUGGAAUUCCAAAGCAUGUUGAAGAAUAUACUAAACUAUUAGCAAGAUGCUUCUUGAAACAAGGUGAAUGGCAAAUCGCAUUGAAUAGUAAUUGGAGAACGGACACAUCUGAAAUAAUUCUCGGUGCUUAUCUAUUGGCUACCCAUUUUGAUGAUAAGUGGUAUAAAGCAUGGCAUAAUUGGGCACUUGCUAACUUUGAAGUAAUAUCAUUAUUCACUCAAAGCAAUAGGCAAAAUAGUAAUACAAAUCAAAAUGAGAUGAUUAUGGAACAAAAUGAAGUCAAUUAUACUGAAAAUGAUCUGAAAACCCCACAGACCAAUAUACAAGAUAGUAAACCAAAAGCAAAUGUUAUACCCAUCGAAGCGGUACAGCGUCAUGUCGUACCUUCCAUUAAAGGGUUCUUUCAUUCCAUUGCUUUAUCUAACUCCAAUUCACUUCAAGACACUUUAAGAUUGUUAACUUUAUGGUUCAAAUUUGGUGGGAUCCCUGAGGCGGCUCAAGCAAUGACCGAAGGUUUCAGUAUGGUGAAAAUAGAUAAUUGGUUGGAGGUUGUCCCUCAGUUAAUUUCUCGUAUUCAUCAACCAAAUCAAAUUGUUAGUCGGUCAUUAUUCGGAUUGUUGAGUGAUUUAGGUAAGGCUCACCCUCAAGCAUUGGUAUAUCCAUUAGCUGUGGCUGUCACCUCAGAAUCUGUAAAUCGUAAAAAGGCUGCAAUGUCUAUUAUUGAUAAAAUGCGUAUGCAUUCGCCUAGGUUGGUUGAUCAAUCCGAAUUAGUAAGUCACGAAUUAAUCAGAGUUGCUGUUUUAUGGCAUGAACAAUGGUACGAAGGUUUAGAGGAUGCCUCAAGAUUAUACUAUGGUGAACACAAUACUGAAAAGAUGUUUGAAGUUUUAGAGCCACUCCACGAAAUGUUGAAGAAGGGCCCUGAAACAAUGAGAGAAGCAUCUUUCAACAAUGCAUUUGGAAGGGAAUUAGCUGAUGCAUACGAAUGGGUGUUGAACUUUCGCCGUACCAAAGAUACUGCGAACCUUGAUCAUGCAUGGGAGAUUUACUAUAAUGUAUUCCGUCGUAUCAGUCGUCAAUUACCUCAAUUGCAGAGCCUAGAAUUACAAUACGUUUCACCUAAAUUAGAAGAAGCCAACAACCUCGAGUUAGCCUUACCGGGUACUUAUCAAGCGGGCAAACCAGUGGUAAGUAUCGUAAAAUUCGAUCCAACUUUCUCAGUUAUCUCGUCAAAACAAAGACCUAGAAAAGUUUCCUGCAGAGGAAGUGACGGCAAAGACUAUACAUAUGUUUUAAAAGGUCAUGAAGAUAUCAGACAAGAUAACUUGGUAAUGCAAUUAUUUGGUUUAGUCAAUACUUUGUUACUCAAUGAUACUGAAUGUUUCAAGAGACAUUUAGAUAUUCAACGUUAUGCUGCUAUACCAUUGUCUCCUAAGGUUGGUUUAUUAGGUUGGGUACCUAAUAGUGAUACUUUCCAUGUUUUAAUCAGAGAGUAUCGUGAAUCUCGUAAAAUCUGGUUAAAUAUUGAGCAUCGUAUUAUGUUACAGAUGGCACCUGAUUAUGAUAGUCUUACGUUGUUACAAAAAGUUGAAGUAUUCACCAAUGCAUUGGAUAAUACCAGAGGUCAAGAUUUAUACAAAGUAUUAUGGUUGAAAUCUAAAUCAUCUGAAGCCUGGUUAGAUCGUCGUACUACGUAUACUCGUUCAUUGGCUGUGAUGUCUAUGGUUGGGUAUAUAUUGGGUGUUGGUGAUCGUCAUCCUUCAAAUUUAAUGUUGGACAGAUCUACUGGUAAAGUUAUUCAUAUUGAUUUUGGUGAUUGUUUUGAAGCUGCUAUUUUGCGUGAAAAAUACCCAGAAAAAGUUCCGUUUAGAUUGACCAGAAUGUUGAACUAUGCUAUGGAAGUCAGUGGUAUAGAAGGUUCAUUCCGUAUUACUUGUGAACAUGUUAUGAGAGUUCUUCGAGAUAAUAAGGAAUCUUUAAUGGCGAUCUUGGAAGCAUUUGCAUAUGAUCCAUUGAUCAAUUGGGGGUUCGAUUUCCCAACAAAGGCAGUUGCUGAAGCAACAGGAAUUAAAGUUCCUCAAGUAAACACUGCCGAACUAUUGAGAAGGGGCCAAAUAGACGAACAAGAAGCUGCAAAACUCGCAAAGCAAAAUGAAUUAGAAAUAAGAAAUGCUAGAGCAGCAUUGGUUUUGAAGAGAAUUACUGAUAAAUUGACUGGUAAUGAUAUCAAACGAUUAAAAGGAUUGGACAUUCCAACUCAAGUUGACAAGUUGAUUCAACAGGCCACUAGUGUGGAGAAUUUGUGCCAACAUUACAUUGGAUGGUGCUCAUUUUGGUAAAAGGAAAAUCAAUUCUUCAAUUCUUUGAGUCAGGUGUUUUACAUCUACUUUUAUUUAAAAGACAUUUAUUACAUAAUUUAAUAAUAUACAAGUAAAGUA